UAGUGUGGGUCGUGUGGGUCGUGUGGUGGUGUCGGUUGUGUCUCUCCUAUACAUAUACCGAGAUCGCCCAUUCGCCCAUUCAUUGGCCUGUUGAUGAGAGAUAGACAGAGAUGGACCGAGAGUGGCUCAAGUAUGAGAGAGACAUGUUAAAGUGAGUGAGAGAGAUAAAGAGAUAAAGAGAAAAGGAGGGGGAGUUACAUACGUCUCGAUGGUGGUGCAACAGAGAGGUAGAAUAGGCUGUGAAAAGGUAGUGGAGGGAGAUGGGAAUCCAUUAACGAGUGGAGUGUAGAGUAUAUAGUGUAGACUUGUAGAGAGAGGAGAAGGCAAAACUCAAACGCCAAAACCUGCGAGCGCAGAGAGCACAGCUCACGGGGAGAAGACCUCAAGCGGCAGAUGCUCACCAGCUCACCUCAGUUCGCUCGUUGACGUGUACUUGGACGGAGUCCCUCUUAUUCAUUUCCAAUUAAUCCGACACGUUUUCACGUUUCUUUUUUUUUUUUAUUUUCUCCACCCAGUUUUUCUCCCUCUCAGUUUAUCGUAACCACCCCGGGGGCCAUUGAUAGUACGAGGAUUAAUACCAGCCACGGAUAAUCACGUAAACAACAACACCAGUGGAAUAAUAUGGUUUUUACAUCUGAAUGUUUCCUGAGAAUGAUGAUCAUUUGAGGCGAGGACUUGCCAGCCACUUUGAACCGGAUGAGUUUUGUGAGGCGAAUCAAUGUGUGCUUGUUGAUUGUGGAUUUCUUUUUUUUUCCUACUGGUCAUUCCAGCGAGUUGUUUUGGUUUAUUCAUCCGGUGGUGAGUGAACAAAUGAGAGGCAAUCAGUGCUCGGGACAACGUGAAUUUGAAACAAACCAGUGAGGUGGGAAGACAGGGGCAGAGUUUGAAAAAAAAAAAAUAAUAAAAAGGAGAAACAUAAGAGGAAGGGAAAAAAAGAAGUCGAGUGGCAGAGAUGUGGCAAUGGCGCUCGUGUCCAACAAGCAAUGGAGUGGCUGGUCUACGCACGGGCUUAGUUUGCACGUAGUUCGUGGCUGAAGGGAGGAAACUAUUAUUUAUACUACUGGGAAAAUAACAAUUUGAUUGUCCCACGGGGUUGGAGGACUCGAGCUGUGUGAGAGCCCCGAGGGCUACACUUUGUUUCCCCCAAAAUUUCCUUUGUUUUUCCCCUGAUAUUCAUCCAUCAAAAUUGUCAAUGAAUCGAUGGUAAUGUCAAUCGCAGGUUGAUUGACACCGAUUAAAUCACCACCUUGAUGCAUGUGGAAACGAAUAAUUGGACAGCCCCAGGAAAGGCUUUUCAUGCAGGUCUACACCUCUGACUCGACCAUCUCAGCUCAAGGAUUUCACGAAAUUUGAAUGAAGAUGAGGGAAGACAGGAUAAAGAUUAAAGGAGGGAACUUGAUUAUUGGAUUUGGAUGGAUUUCCUAAGGUGCGCGAGUGGUCAAUUAGUUAUUGGAGUUGCCUAUUACUUUUUUUUUAUUUUUGUUUUGUAGUCAUAUUUAUUUUUAAUAUGAUUGUUUUAUGAGGAUUAGGCUGGUGCUAAUUCCCCAGUCUGUGUGUGUGUGUGUGUGUUGGCGGUUGUUUUCUUUCGAUUACUUUGAAGAGAAUAAUUGUACAUAAGGGAGAAAACGCUGAGAUACUUGUGAAGAAAGAGGUAACACACAUGCCUGUAGCAGGGGGAAUUCUCGUCGCUAGGAGUGCAUCGAGGUGUCUAUACUCUGCCGCUGGUAUGCUCAGGUUCCUCGCCAGACUUUCAGGGAGACGACGACACGUGCGUCGAUAUUGCGGUGGUGUGCCAGGUGCUGGUGAAUCGUCCCAGGAACAGGAAGUGAGAACUGGCGAACUGGAUGGACAGUUUAUAAUUGAUCCCGGGAGAAUCUCCGAGGAUAGGUUGGAUGACGUUAGACUGCGUUGCUUGCAUUAUCGUCAACAAAUUGAGGAGAGCAGAUUAGAGGAUAAUCAGAGAUGGAAGCUCAACCAGGUUGUCGGGGAAGCGAGUCGAGACGAGGUGGAGAGUAUUACGAGGAUAACGGGGAUUCACAGGACGUCGUUAACGACGGGUAUACGGAGGAACCCUCAUGACGUUAACAGGGAUAACUCGGGAUUUUCAUCGGGUUCAUCUGAGUGCCAUCGGGAUGACUUAUCGAGGUCUCCUGGUGUCGCUAGGUUUCGUCAGAGACGCAGAAUUCCAUCGUACUUUGCCACACUACUCGUUCUUUCCUACACGCUGUUUGGUAUUACAGACGCGUGCUCGUCGAGGUCGACGCCUAAACCAAGACCACCAACACCGACACCAAGACCCAACAUCACAUUCCACAUGUACACAUGUCCACCGGAUUAUGCGGAAUGGUACUGUCUCAACGGGGCAACGUGCUUCACCGUCAAAAUCCAAGAGUCACUUCUUUACAAUUGUUUAUGCGCCAAUGGGUUUAUAGGGCAAAGAUGUGAAUUUAAGGACUUGGAUGGUUCCUAUUUGCCUUCCAGACAAAGGGUAAUGUUGGAAACCGCCAGCAUCGCCGGAGGUGCCACUAUAGCAGUAUUUCUCGUCGUUAUUAUUUGUAUAGCGGCUUACAUUCACUGUAAACGUAAACAGAAAGAAUUACGAUCGAGUAAUAACUGCGCGGACACAGUGGAUGGUCCUGGGAGAGAUCCGGAGUUGAGGCCGUUCAGUAACCGCAGUCGCUCCCUCAUGAUCUUCAUGGCCAAGAACCAAAACUCCUCGUCGACGGCGAUGUGUCCCUCGAUAGAGCAAACCCGAAUGCCCGUAUGGAAUGACUACUCCCAGGUGGAAAUGACGAGACUAGCCUCGAUAAGCGAACCCAAACGCUCGAGUCAAUAGUCACCAAGGAAAUAAAUAAAUAAAUACAUCGACGAAAGCCAAUACUCUCACCAACUUUCUGCGCUUUUAUAUAUAAAUAAGAAGUAACAAAUCUAUAUAUUUAUAUACAAGCGACAGAAUUUCAACACCUUUAUCGAACAAUAAAAGGGGCAAAUUAUUCUCGCGUUUUUCUUUUAAACAGGGGGAGAGAUGAGAAAGAAGAAAUAUAUAUACUUAGUGACAAAAGGAAAUGAGUGAGGGAAAGGAAUAUUCACGAGGUUUUACUAUAUAUGUUUUUUUCGUUGCUCGUAUCUCCGACGACUUGCUCCUUCCUUUACCAAGUUUUGUCGUUUCAUGCUCAAUGAGCCUCAAGAGUGCCUUCCAAAGUGUCGGGGAAGGAAACGAGCUUUCAUCAAUCAUCAUUGUCCCCCAGAGUCUAGUGCGCAAACAACUGUGAAAAGAAACUCAAAGUUUUUUUUUAUUAUUUUUUUUUACUGUCAGAAAGAGGCGGACUUUUUCGAAAAAGAUGCAUAUGUAAUUUGUAUAUUUGUAGAUAGGAGUUUGAUAUUUAGCUCUCCCCCAAAUGCUCUGUUAUCACGACUGUUGUGAGUACUCAAUUCAUAAUCCCAAGCUUCACUCCAAUUUCCUUCCCUGGGAGGGGGAGAGGAGAGAGCAAAGGAACUGAGGUGAGAGAGAGAAGGGAAAAUGAUAAAAUGAAGCAGCUAUUCCCCAUACCCCUGCAGUAUUUUCUUUUGUUAAAUUUGGUGAGGCCUAGUCGUUACCAGUGGUAGAACAAUGAAAUUCAUGGGUGAACAGUACGGCGAGAUAACCUACGAGAGGGCCUCGAAAAAAAAAACAAUCAAAAUUA